AGUGGGCAAAUGUGAAGCAUUACGUGUGUUUUAAAGGCAGUCUCUCUCUCUCUCUCUCUCUCUCUCUCUCUCUCUCUCUUCACUGUGCUCCUCCCAGCUCUAUAUUAGAACCAGCUGUGGAGUUUGAGGCUGAAUGAAUGGCUCUUUGUGAUUUGGCUGUCACUUCUGUAUAAGGCUCUGUUUCUUUCUCCUUCUAGAAACUGGCAUGACAAAAGUCUUGGAACAAUGUAACCUAAAGUUCCUACUUUGACAUUGUUACGCCAUAAAAUCAUAUCAAUUCACCACUAAGACUGCAGAAAUGCACGUAUGAGAUGUUGAGCUUUAGAAGAACGUGCCCUUGAUUCUUCAAGUGUAAGUUUAGAUGACCAGAAAAGAAAUGUCUGCAUGAGAUUUUCCAGUCCUGCAGAUCGUCACUCGAACCCUGCUCUUGAGGAAAUCUUUGAGGUGUAGGAGUGUUUGUGGAGGUCCAAGAUGUUCUGGAAUGUUUCUGGAUGUCCGUCAGGGGUGUGUCAGUCUCUUUGGGUUUAGACGUUUGACUUAGUAGAACUCCGGAGCAAAAGGAAAACACGGCUCACAGUGCAGAGCUUUCCCAGGCGCGGGACAAUUUGCAAAGUAACAUGUUGUUGUGGCUGAGGGAGAUGAGGGGUGUGUUGUGGUGGUAAGCAAUGAUGAUAGAGAGCCCAGACGAAUUAGUCUCUCACAUAAGAGGCUUUUUUGGAUCAACAGUCAUGAGGAGUGGCUUUUCUAGUGCUCAAGAUGACUGCAAACGUCUGAAAUGAAGGGAUUUUGGUGACAUCCAUAAGGGAGUCGAAGGAAUCGAAAGUGGAGAGCGAGGAGGUCGGGGAAGAGAGACCAUCAUAGCAGCACACAGAGAUUGGCUGGUGAGUGAAAAUCAUGGCUCAGGUGCUUCAUAUGGACUCUAGUUUUCCAGGGAAGAUUAACUCCCCGGAGCCCCCCUCCUUGCAUGUGAAGGACUCAGAGGCUCCAUACUCAGUAGAGACCCCCUAUGGCUACCGUCUGGACCUGGACUUCCUCAAGUAUGUCAAUGAUAUUGAAAAGGGCAACACUAUUAAGAAGGUGCCAGUGCAGCGGCGGCCACGUUAUGGCUCGCUUCCACGUGGCUAUGGAUACACGGGCUCCUGGUGGACCUCCACUGAGUCACUCUGCUCCAACGCCAGCAUGGACAGCCGUCACUCGUCGUACUCCUACUGUGCACCGGGAUUUCAUAGCUCACAGCGACCCAACUUCAGUACGGCACGUGUGGAGAAGACCUUGCUGGACGCUCGCCGCAAGCUGGAGGAGGAGAAGGAUGGCCGUCGUUUCUCGAACCUGGGCAGCAUGCACAGCAGCAUGGCAGGCUCCAACACCUCACUAUCCAGUGCCCACAGCUUCAAUCGUGCACAGGGAGGUGGCUCCUAUACGCCAAUGAGCUCUGGCUUGUCCACACCCGUCUCACCCACUCCCGCCCAUCUGCAGCACAUACGGGAGCAGAUGGCUGUCGCCCUGCGGAAGAUCCGGGAACUGGAGGAGCAGGUGAAGACCAUCCCGGUGCUGCAAGUAAAGAUCUCUGUACUUCAGGAGGAGAAGAGGCAGCUCAGCGUACAACUCAAGAGCCAGAAGUUCUUGGGCCACACACUGGGGUUUAGUCGGAGCCGUCCACGAGGAGAGCUCUACAUCGACAUCCCCGAAGAGGAGACGAGAAACGGGACAGGAGCCGCGAACAGAGCCGCAGGAAGUCUAUCACCUACCACUCCAGGUUCCCUUCAGGACUCAGGAUGUGAAAUCGAGGAGACUGUAAUUGUCGGUGGAGCUCGUCCGGGUGCAAAGAGGGAGGUGCGAACUGUCAGUGUGGGACCUGAUGUGGUUUACUGUCAAGUGGGAGUUGGGGUGCGAGAAGAAGACUUGGGGCUGCUGCCUGAAGCCGAAGCCCUCAAGACUAAGUUGGGGCUUUUAGAAGUUCAGCUGAGAAAAAUGACACAGGAGCUACAGAGUGCUCAGCAGCAAGUGGAAGCAGCUCAGAGAGAGAGGCGAGCUCUUUCUGCUCAGGUGGGCCAUGCGGUGAGAGCCACCAGUAUCGGCUGGCUGGAGCAGCAGGGUGAGGCCAGUGCGGGCCUGCACACAGUUGUCAGUUUUACUCAGCAGCCUCGUCAGCAGAGGACCGUGGGAAUCCAAGUCUACACGCUGGAGCAGCCAACAGUGUUGGGAGUAGGGACACUGCUAAGAGCCCAGGGUUGCACUUCUCCUGCUCAGCCUGGGUCUGUACUGGAAGGAGCUCACAGAAGACAUGCAGAGUCCCCAGCAGCAGCAGCAGAGGAAUCACCACGUGAAUUCCCCAUUGCAAUAAGCUCUAAGCAGGUGCGGGAGGUCUUGAGAAGUGAAGUGUCCAAAUCAGUGCCAGUGACCAACCAGGCAACUGCUAUGGAGACAAAACGCAGCCAAGUGUCAGCCGUCUGCCAUCGGCUAAAAGAGGGCGAGAUUAUCCAGCAACCAGCAGAAGAAGCCAUUCAAAUCGAUCCAGCAAAACCAGCCUCCCCUCAGUCCAACCUGAGGUCAAUCAUGAAGCGAAAGGCAGAUGGGGAACCUGGCUCUCCGUACACCAAAAAGAACCUGCAGUUCAUAGGAGUCAAUGGAGGGUACGAGUCGACAUCCUCUGACGACAGCAGCUCGGAAAGUUCAGAAGAUGAAAGCGAUGCAAGCGAAUACCACGAGGCUACAGAGAAACUACCGGAAUCUGUGGCACAGCAGUCUCCGGUGACCUCCUGCAGCCCGCAGCCCAUCUGUGAGACAGCAGCUGCUCAAACUCCUCAGCACAGCACUGCCCAGCCACCAGCCAAUCACACUGCAGCACAGCAGAGCACCAGCCAAUCACAAGCCACGGAUGCAGCUACCCAGCAACAGGUCACCCAAUCACCAGCAGCAGAGGCAGGCAUACAGCACUCUGUAAACCAAUCGUCAGUGACCACCACGGCUCAUCUGGAGGACAUCGUUCAAUCAGCAGAUGUUUUCCAAGGGCGUUCCUCUCAAAGCACAGCCGCGUCUCUUGAACAAGACUGUGUCCAGUCAUCAUCCACCAGCACUACUGAGCAGCAAUCCCUAGCCACUGAUUCGAACGUCCAGCCAGAUGUGUCGGGCCUUGCUGCUCAGCAGACAGUCUCUCAAUCACAAUCCACCAGUGCCAAGCCUCAGCAAGAUGUUAGCCAAUCAAAAACCACUGACCUCACCAUCCAACAAGUAGCAAAACAGUCACAAUCUACUGAUGCCUCAGCAAAACAGGACAUAGCCAUAUCCUCCACCACUGAUCCAGCUGCAAAUACAAGCACCACCGCUACUAACAAACAUGCACGCAGUCUGGAAUUAAGUGGCAGUCUCGUGGCAGCCCUCCAAACCUUACAGAAGGCACUCAGUGAACCAAAUGCAUUCAGCCAUCAAAAUGCAAGGACAGCCUACACCACGGUGCUGCAGGAGUGGCUCAGAGUGUCCUGUCAUAAAGCUGCUGACACUGCAGUUGUCAAAGCAUACAUGGACACCUUUGCCUCCAUUUCUCCUCAGCUACUGGAGUUUGUCAUCAACAUGGCUGACGGCAAUGGAAACACAGCUCUGCACUACACUGUCUCUCACUCCAACUUCCCUGUAGUCAAACUACUGCUGGAUACUGGUCUCUGUAAUGCUGACAAGCAGAACAAGGCUGGUUACACAGCUAUCAUGCUGACAGCUCUGGCUGCCUUCAACUCCGACAGUGACCUUCAAACCGUCCUACAUCUGCUCCGCACUGGAGACGUCAACGCCAAAGCCAGCCAGGCGGGGCAAACGGCCCUGAUGCUGGCGGUCAGUCAUGGCAGAGGGGACAUGGUGAGAGCUCUGCUGUCCUGUGGGGCUCAGGUGAACCUGCGGGAUGAUGACGGCUCCACAGCGCUCAUGUGUGCCUGUGAACACGGACACGUGGACAUUGUGCGGCAGCUGCUGUCUGUGCCGGGCUGUGACGCCACGCUCACAGAUAAUGAUGGCAGCACAGCUCUCUCCAUCGCACUGGAGGCCAGUCAGAAUGACAUUGCCGUGCUUCUGUAUGCGCACCUCAAUUUUGCGAAGCCACCUUCCCCCGUGUCACCAAAGUCUCCAAUUCUGGGAUCUUCUCCUCCCUCCUCUGAACUGAAGUGAAUGGAUGUCAUGAAUCUGAUGUAAACCCCUUUCCAGCAAGCGAUCCUUGUUCUUCCCACUGUGUGUGUGUGAGGUUUUGUGUGUUGGUGUACAUGUGUACAGUACAGUGUAUCCACAAUUUAGCAUGUACAACUUUUAGAGAUAUAAGAAUUGUGCAGUCUUAAAAGAAUUAGCACUUGA